GAAAUAAUUUACGUCAUUUCGAAAAACUCAAGGCACGAAAAGGUAAAUCGCUGUUUACAUCUUGGGUCGAAUAUCAAACAACAUUGGUAUAAAGUAAUAUAUAUAUAUCAUCUAUUUAAGACUGAAGAAAGCUAUUAUACACAAAACAUUUAUAAAUUAGUUAGCAGCAACUUCAGAUGUCAGCAAAGAUCACAACUGAUGGGAAUAUGAUGUAGAAAUGUUUACUAGAAAGGCAAUAUGAAAACAAGAAGAAGAAGAAUAUCUAUCUGUAUAUUGUGAUGAGGGAAGAAAAAUGAUGGAAAACGAAUUGUCCAAGAACCAGUUUAAAUGUAACACACAGUCUAAAAUGAUUAAUUUUCCUGAUGAGAUAGGAAGAAAAUUAUACCACUGUGAUAUCUGUAAAAAAUCAUUCUCUCAAAAAAGUAAGCUUACUACUCACAAACGUAUUCAUACAAGAGGAAAACCAUAUCAUUGUGAUAUCUGUGGUAAUUCAUUUUCUCUAAGAGGUAACCUAACUAGUCAUGAAAAUAUACAUACAGGAAAAAAACCAUAUCACUGUGACAUCUGUGGUGAAUCAUUCUGCAAAAGUAGUACUUUAACUACUCACAAACGUAUACAUACAGGAGAAAAACCACAUCACUGUGAUAUCUGUGGUAAAUCAUUCUCUCAUGGAAGUACGUUAACAUCACACAAACGCAUUCACACAGGAGAAAAGCCUUACCGCUGUGAUAUCUGUGGUAAAUCAUUCUCUCGAAAUGGAUAUUUAACUACUCACAAACAUAUUCAUACUGGAGAAAAACCAUAUUGUUGUGAUAUCUGUGGUAAAUCUUUCUCUCAAACAAGUGAGUUAACUGCUCACAGGCGCAUUCAUACAGGUGAAAAACCAUAUUGCUGUGAUGUCUGUGGUAAAUCAUGCUCUCAAAAAAGUCAGUUAAUUACUCAUAAGCGUAUUCAUACUGGAGAGAAGCCGUAUCACUGUGAUAUCUGUGGAAAAUCAUUCUCUGCAUCGGGUCACUUAACUACCCACAAAUUUAUUCAUACAGGAGAAAAACAGCAUCACUGUGAUAUCUGUGGUAAAUCAUUCACUCAUGGAAGCACCUUGACUACACAUAAACGUAUUCAUACCGGAGAAAGACCAUAUCACUGUGAUAUCUGUAGUAAAUCAUUCUCGCGAAAUAGCUACUUAACUUCUCACAAACGUAUUCAUACAGGAGAGAAACCAUAUCGCUGUGAUAUCUGUGGUAAAUCAUUCUUUCGAAAUGUUGACUUAACUAGUCACAAACAUAUUCAUACAGGAGAAAAACCAUAUCAGUGCAAUAUCUGUGGUAAAUCAGUCUCUCAAAGGUCUUACUUGGCCAGUCACAAACUAAUACAUACAGGAGAAAAACCACAUGACUGUGAUAUCUGUGGUAAAUCAUUCUCUUUAAAAUCUAUAUUAACUAACCACAGAUAUAUUCAUACAGGAGAGAAACGAUAUGGUUGUGAUAUCUGUGGUAAAUCGUUCUAUCGAAAUGAUCAUUUAACUAAACACAAACGUGUUCAUACUGGAGAGAAGCCAUAUCAUUGUGAUAUCUGUGGUAAAUCAUUCUCUCAUGUAAUUACCUUAACUAACCACAAACAUAAUCAUACAGGAGACAAACCAUACCACUGUGAUACAUGUGGCAAAUCAUUCUCUCAAAGAUACUGCUUAACUAGACACAAAUUUAUUCAUACAGGGAAGAAGCCAUAUAACUGAUAUUUGUGGUAAAUCAUUUCUCAUAAAAGUUACUGAGCUACACAUGCAUUUAUGCAUACUGAAGAAAUCACUGUACCAAUGCGAAAAGGGAUUUUUUGUAUAAGAUAUAUCUAACAAUAAAUGUAUUUUAAAAAUUAUGAUUGUGUGAAAACAACCACCCAACACUUCAUUAUACACACAUGUCCUCAACUAUACCUACAUUGGUGAGACAAAUUACCAGUCAUUUUAGAAGACUCAUAUAUAUUCCAUCUAGCAUAUUUCCAGAGGGAAAAAAGCAUUGUAUUGAUUUAUUUGACAAUGUGAAUAAAUAACUGAAAAAUGAAUUGUCAUAAAUCAGGAUUAACUUCUCUGUACAGUUAUUAUGUUAGAAAUAAACACAUAAUUCAUGACAAAAAUUCUUUUGUCAUACUUUAGUAGUAUGUAUGUGCAUGUAAGCCCUUAUAUAUAUUUUGGUGGAGGUGUGUUGCUUAGUGGUUAAGAUGUUGGACUUGUGAAAAUGAAGAGUACACUUAUUUCUUAACUUUUGCUCAUAGAAAUUCACAUAUCACAAUUUAUCAAAAGAAAAAGAAAUUACAUAAACAGCAUUAUGUUUAUCAGUUACAUUGCUAGUCACUUUUCUGCUGUCCUGGCUUUCUAAAGAAGUUCAUUUGAAUAACUGGAAUGGAGUCUCAAAAAAAUAAAAGUGGAACCAUGGAAAUAUUGUUGAGAAAGAAUAUUUCCAUGCAUAAAAAUGUCUUCUUUUUCUUUUUCCAGUUUCUUUCCUUUAUUUCACUGAAGAAAUCAAA